AUGAGACGUGUAGUUAGAAUAGCUUAAUCUGUAAUAAAAAAUCGAAUGUUCAAAUCUCUUUAAUAAAAAAUUGUUUAUCAUUUUGAUGAUAAUUACAAUAAAUUUUUCAAAGAGAAAGAAGAGAAUUUGGUAUUUUUUUAGAUGACAUUAAGAUCCAUCCUACUUAUACUUCAAAACACUUUAAAGUUUCAUCGUAUUCAAUUGUUUAAUACUUGGAGGAUAAAAAGAUGGAACAUAAAAUAUAGGGAAAGUAUGCUUAAGUAAGAUAUUGUCCAUUUUGUCCAAAAAAUAAUAUAGAGAAUCCAUCAAAUUAGUUUGUUAUGGGAAUAAACUUAGAAAAGUAAUAAUAAUAAAAAUGUUCAUAAUAGUGGAUCAUAUAAUUGUUUUAGAGCUAGUUGUUAGGCAAAAGGGUCAUGGUUUGAUUUCAAGAACUUUAUGAAUGGGACCUUGAAUAAUUUAUAGUAAUAAAAUCAGCAGAAUUAAUAGAAGCCAAUAUAGAAACUGAAUAUAUUUGAAUAUCACAAAUAUUAUGAGAGAUUAAAAUUAUAGGAGCCAAAAAUAGUUUAUGAGUAUUUGAUAGGAGAUGAUUGGGAAAAUGUAAAAUAUGUUUAUUAUUCACUAGUCAGAAUUAAAGAGGAAUUAGGGAUGAUGUGUUAAAAUAAUAUUUGAUUGGAAUUGAUAUAACUGAAAUAUAUGAUCAUUAAUAAGGAUCUUAUAUAAAGGCUCCUUUGAUUUAUUUUCCAAUGUUUAGAUACAGAAAUUAGCAUGAAAAGAAUAGAUUAAUGUAGAAAGCAUUGCGAUAAAAAAAAGAUGAAGUUUUAAGUGAAUAAAUUGUGAGUGAAGAUACUAAAUAGAAUAUUAGAUAACAACUAGAUAAUUAAUUUGAUAAUUUUUAAUAUGAAUUGGUAAGUUGUAAAGUUAGAGCAGCAGGGAAGGACUUAAAACAUAUUUAAAAGAUUGAACCAAUGAAUGCUGCUAAAGGAAUAUUUGGAUUGCAUUUGCUUAAAUAAGAUUCUACUCAAGUUAUAUUAACAGAAGGAGAAUUUGAUGCUAUGGCUGCUUAUUAAAUGACUAAUAUUCCUGCUAUAUCAUUACCAUAUGGAAUUAAUCAUAUUCCUGCAUAUCUUAUAGAAUGGUAUUAGAUAGUAUUAUUAAAUUAGGUUAGACUAAUUUGAGAAAUUGAAUGAUAUUAUCAUAUGGGUAGAUGAUGAUAAUCCAGGUAGAAUCAAUUCUUAAAAGAUUGCUCGUAAACUUGGUAAUGCAAGAACUAGAGUAGUUUAACCUUCUUUAAUUGAUUCUCAUGAUUAUCCUAAAGAUGCUAAUGAUUGUUUAAGAUACUAUUCAGAUAAAGUUAUGACUUAUAUUGAUCAAUCCAAAUGUUUACUAAAAAAGAAUAUCACUUAAUUUACUGAUUUUAAAUAAUUAACUAAAAAUAGAAUUUUAAACUUUGAAUUAUCUAAAGGAACUUAAUCUAAGACAUUCUCAACCUAUAACAAUACUACUAAAGGAUUGAGAACUGGUGGUAUAUUUUAAUUAUUAAAUUAGAAUUCACUAUUCUAACUGGACCUACUGGUAGUGGUAAAACAACAUUUUUAUCUCAGCUAUCUUUAGAUUUUUGUAAGGAAGGAAUUACUACACUUUGGGGUAGUUUUGAAAUUAAAACUGAUAGAUUGGCUGAGCAUUAAUUAUUAUAAGCAUAUAAAACAGAUUUAAUUAAAUAAAAAGAAUUUAUUGAUAUUGCUAUUCAAAAAUUUGAAAAUGAAAUACCAAUUGUAUUAUAGUCUAUUUAUAUAUUAGUAUUAUAUGAAUUUUUAUGGUUCAACUGAUUUAGACUAAAUUAUUGACACAAUUGAAUAUGCAAUAUAUGAGUAUAAUGUUACUCAUGUUUGUUUAGAUAAUUUGCAAUUUAUGAUGGGAACAUAAGUUGGAGGAAAUAGAAAAUUUGAUUUUUAAGAUGAAAUUAUAGAGAAAUUUAGAAAAUUAACUACUAAUAAUGAUAUUCAUCUAACUUUGGUCAUUCAUCCUAGAAAAGUCGAUGAAAAUGAAGAUCUAACUAUUGCAUCUAUUUUUGGUUCAGCAAAAGCCACUUAAGAAGCUGAUAAUGUCUUUAUAAUCUAAAACAGACCUAGAUAUAGAGUAUUUGAAAUUAAGAAAAAUAGAUAUGAUGGAGAAGUAGGUAGAGUUGGAUUAGGUUUUGAUUCUAACGUUAAAUCAUUCUUUGAACUUACAUCUUCUGAAAUUAAAGAGUUGAAUGAAGAAAAAACUUCAAUCUUAGAUAUUAUUAAUAAAAGAAAGUAAGAAGGUAGGCAUUUUAAAUAAGAAAUCACUAUUAAUGAUAAAAAUGGAAAUAAUAAUGGUGGAAAUAAUGAGGGUGGAUCCCCAAAUAAAGGAGGAAAUCAUAAUCCUAAUAAUCAUAAGGUUCCUUUAAAAGAUGCUUCAAAAGUUGCAAAACUAUUAGAAAACUUCGAUAUUAUAAAUCAAAAUAUUAUUAAAGAUUAAUGUGAUGACGAAGAAGAUCAAAUUACUUAAUUAGAAAAAUUAACAGAGUAAUAUGGAAAUCAAUAAAUUGCCUAAAUGAUUAAAAAUGAAAAACCUGUAAAAUAUGCUUUAGAUGAUAUUAAAGAAAUUGAAGAAAUUAACAAGUUUGAUACAACAAAUCAAUAAAAAGAUAUAGCUGUUGAUCAUAUACGAAAACUCGAUUAAAAGAGUGCUACUAAUUUUGAUGGUUAACUAAACCAAAGUACAAUCAUCAGGGAAUGUGAAAAAUGUAUUGAGCCUUCUAAGGAUUAUCUAGAAAUUUGGAAAUUCGACUAAGAUAGUGAUUAUGGAUUCCAAUCCAAAAUUGGAUAAUAUGAAUUUAAAUAAGAAGUAGAGUCUCUAUAAGUUAAUAAUUAAAUUCAAUCUAAUAGUGAUGAAUUUGCAUUGUUAAAUACAGAUCCAGAAUUAGAUUAAAUGUCAUAAAGUAAUGAGUUCUAACCUGUUGAUGAUCAAAUAGAACUUUCUAAUUAAUAUACUAACUAAAAAAACAAAUCUAAAAGGGUUUCUUUUGUUCACAUAGGAUCUAAAAAGCCAUCUAAAUCUUAAUUAGAUUAAUGA